AUGGAUGGCGGCUAUGAUGAUUUGGAGGCCUCUGCUACUACAUGUAGCAUUGACAGCGAAUCGACUGAUCAAGACGAUUCCGAAGACGAUACCAUUUACAAUACCUUUGUGUGGGAGUUCCUGUCGGAUGCAUUGAAGCAACAAACGAAUCGUCGUUGCCUCACCUUGACCAACUUUGUGGAUCGUUCGCACGGUGCUCGUGAUGCUUUGGCAUUGAGCCAGCUACUAGGUAUGGUUGCUCAGCCAUCGUGGCGUUCCAUUCACUUUGAGGAUGUCGUUCCCGGUCAUCGGUACCGUCGUUGGCUGUUCAAAAAGACGGGUGUGUAUCGGUAUAUUUUGAGGCGAUCACCGCACACGGCUGCUAUUCCCCCAGUGACAUUUUACACUCGGGUGGAAGUGGAUACGACAGCCAUGACGCCAAAAGCUAUUACUUCCUUGCUACGCGAACUCAAGAAGGAUCUGGAUGUCAAGUCAGUCUCGAUUCGAGGCAAGCUGAAGCCACGAGAUGCCGAGUCCGUAGCCAUUGCGUUGGUGUCGUUGCUGAAUGAUCCACGAGGAUGGCAAACAGUAGAGUUCCAAGUGGACAUGACGUCGCCAGCAUCAGACGACUCUUCUUCUCGACAGCGGCAAGUGCAAUCGUUGCGAGAAGCUCAAUUGAUUGAAAAGGUCUGCAAACGAGCCCUUCAAAAAGUGGCUGCGGAACGGUACAUUACGUUGGAAGUACUAUGA